AGUGAAAGUAACGCGAUUGGUCCUGCUGCGUCCUAAACACAAAAACCAGACGCACAGAAGACGUCUACAGCCUGUAUCUGUCAACCUACAAGCUGUUAUAGACGCAAAGAAAAUUUAGUUCGUGUUUUAAAGUAUAUAGUACACUUGCAAAUAAUGGGAAGGGGUGCUGUUGACUCCUGUACCGCUGUCAGCUGUGUGUUUGUCGCUCAGGCCCUUUAAAGGCUUGAGUCUGUUAGCAUUAGCCGCCUGCAGCUGUCGUGCGAGCGCACUCACAGAGGCAAAAUGGUGUUGUUGUUGAAUCCACUGGAGAAUCUGAAGACCUACAUAAGUAAUCGUCCACCGCUGGUCAUUUUUAUGGUCAGCGUCAGUGCUGUGGCAAUUGCUUUCCUCACUAUUGGAUACUUUUUUAAGAUCAAGGAGAUCAAAUCACCUGAGAUGACAGAGGAUUGGAACACCUUCCUUCUCCGUUUCAAUGAGCUUGACUUUUGCAUCUCGGAAAAUGAGACACUGAAGCACAGCUUGAAUGAGUCCACUACGCCAGAGAGCACAGUAACCAGAGUAACCAGCAGCCAGGCACGAUCUAGCACCCAGUCGCCACCCAUCCUGGAGGACCCAGGACCAAUCAACAUCUCUGUAGCCAUCACACUAACCCUGGAUCCGUUGAGGCCGUUUGGGGGCUAUUCACGCAAUAUUACCCACCUUUACGCCAGUGUGAUCGGGCAGCAAGUUGGCCUUGCUGGUAUAGAGGCCCAUGAAGACAUGAACAUCACGUUCACCCUGCCAGUAGCCUGGAGCUCCGAUGACUGCAUUCUACAUGGCCAUUGUGAGCAGAUGGUCUUUAGCACCUGUAUGACCAUCACAGCAGUCAGUAAUGUCUUCCCUGUCUCAGUGCAGCCACCCCACUGUGUCCCAGAGACUUACAGCAAUGCCACAUCCUGGUACAAGAUUUUCACCACAGCACGAGACUCGGACACUAAGUACACACAGGAAUAUAACCCAUUCUGGUGUUACAAAGGUGCCAUUGGGAAAGUGUAUCACACACUUAAUCCCAAGCUCACUGUCAUCGUUCCAGAUGACGAUCGCUCUCUCAUUAACCUGCACCUUAUGCACACCAGCUAUUUCCUGUUUGUAAUGGUCAUCACAAUGUUCUGCUAUGCAGUCAUCAAGGGAAGGCCUGGAAAGGUUCGACAGAACAACCCAGAUUUCUGUCCAGAAAAGGUGUCCUUGUCAGCAGGGUAAAAGAGGGGUCUAAAGUGAACAUCUGGACUGAAGCAUAUCAGAAAGGGAAGUUGUGAGAAACUACAUGUUGCCUACUGAACCCAGGAGAAGGUGCAAAAAACAAGCUCUGUGAAUGCAUUUCUCUGCAAUGUUGGGUCACUCCAACCAAAGACUUUUAAGUGCCUGUAUCUACUGUGUAAAUAAUUAUAGGACUCCUGAAUUCAGUAAAGAAGCAGUUUGCCUGAGCUUCCCCCUGUGCCAUCCUGUAAAUGUUCAGUAUAUCCAGUAUCAUAGAGCACAGUGUUGGAUUAAAGAUGUCCGGUUGAGGAAUAUCACCUCCACAACAUUUUAUCUAUUGUCAUAAUUUACACUUCUGUACCUUUUUGACCUUACUUCUGUGACAUUUGAUUUUGUUUUUGAGGUGCUUGAACAUCUUGUGUUUGCCUUGUCAUUCCUUUUGUGUCUUUGUCAUUGACACUUCAAUGUGUCCAUGGCAGAUUCUGCAGUGGCAUUGCUUUUGAUUCCUCUUUAAGAACAUCUAGAUGUGUGGAGCUCUUUCAAGGAGUUUGAUAAGGUUGCUGGUCAUAAAGUUUAUCUAGAGAUGACGCAUCUGUAUAACACAGAUCUUUGUACCCUUGACGCUUAAUUUGACCCUCAUGCUGGUUUUGCUGUUUUACUGUGAACAUGCUUGUCUGAAAGAGAUGACUAAACCGAAGUUGAUGCAGUCCUUAGUUUAAUGGCUAACUAAAAAAAAAUCUUUCAAUUACUCACCCUCAUGUCAUUCCAAAACCAUAAUCCACUUUCUUUCUUCUGCAUAACACGAGGAAUUUUAAAGGAUGUCCCAUCCGCUGAUUUCCAUACAGUGGCAGUUGAUAGUGACUUACUUUAAAGCUUUUAAAAAAGUACCCAAAAGUGUCAUAAAAGAAGAGAAGCUCGUUCAUAUGUUAGACGCAAGACCUUGUGUUGUUAACAUGAUAAAUUGUGCUGCUUUUUGCUUGCACAAAAUGAGCUUCUAACACGCACUCAUGAAUGUGGCAAGGAGAGUCACGAUUUUCACAGUAAAUCAAAUGCAUUUUGGGUUGUUUCUCACCUAAGCCUAUGGCAUGCCUUCAAAAGACUUGAAAUAUGACACCUGGGGGUCCUUUUUUAUAAAGCUUUAAAAGAAGUCACCAUCAACUGCCAUUGUGCGGAGAUCAGUGAACAGGACGUCCUUCAAAAUUCCUCCUUUUGUCUUCUACAUAAGAAAGAAAUACAGGUUUGGAACGAGAUAAGGGUGAGUAAAUAAUCACAGAAUUUUCAUUAUUGGGUGAGCUAUUACUUUAAAUUCCUCAAAUGCAAACUAUUGAAUAACAUGUUACUUGGACGGGGUCGAUCCACACAUCCUAUCUACUUCAACUGUACUUGGAAAGUCUCUUUGUUAGUGAGUAAAGGUCAAUGGAUUUGUGCUGAUAUACUGUGCAAGAAAAUGAAAUGACGCAAUGAUCCAUUGCCUUGUGUAAAGCAAAUUAACAGCAAUGAUACAGCAUCGAUAAUAUUGCAUAAUGUCUUGUACAUUUAAUAUUUGUGUAAAAAGAAAACAUUUAAAUCGUAGAUAUUUUAUUUUUUUGUAAUCUAUUACUUGACUUUAUUUACCAGUUUUGUACCAACCAUCCUUUGUGUUUCUUGCCUUUUUAAUCUUAUGCCAUUUAUUUGUUUUUGUUUGCAUAAAUAUCAAAUUCGGCAUAAAUGUUUCCUUGUUUUAAUCUUAGUGCUAUAUCUGACCUGUCAUCUUGCCUUCUCCAGACCUACGGUGUUGUUAUUCAUAUUGUCAAUAGGAUUUUAAUUUCCACCCAAUGAAACACUGUGCAUGUGUGAUCAUAUCAAAUAGACAUGCAUGGUGUGUGAAAAGAAAUAAUUCAGAUUGUGAAUAUAACAGGAGAGUGUUGCCGAUACCUUUGGUCUGUUGGCCUUCCUCUUCAUUUUGUGUACUGGCCUUUAGUUCAUUCCUCUAUUUGGUUUGCAUAAUUGUAUCUCCUUUCCAUAGUCAAAAAACCUAACACAUACUUAUGUAUACAUAGAGAGUCUUUGUUAAUAUUACCCAAAAUGAUUCAUGUUGUACCAUACAUCAUAAGGGCUUCAAAGAUGCCGUCAAAGCAUGUCUUUCUUUAUUUUGGCCAUCUUGAACUGCACCUGUCAUUGCCUCCUUCAUUACCACCCCCUUAUUUAGAAUCUUCUUUUAUUACAGCCCAUAAUCAACAAUCAUCCCACCACUAAUGUGCCUUUGCACUAGUCCUCUGUCACCCAUGUAUAUAGCACCAUUUAUGUGUUUAAAUGCCACAUUCCUCCUCUAGUUGACCCUGCUGUAUACAGUUUGAGUUGAAAUAAAUACAUCUUGACAUAUUUACUUUCUCCCCAUUUCAUGUCUAACCACAAUUCAAAACUCUAGUAACAACUGUAAAAGACUGGGAUUCAGCUGAACUACUGUUUUUGCUGUAAGAGCGCCUCUAUUUGUUUUACAUGCCAGUGCUUUGUUUGCUACAACUGUUUGAAUAGAUUUUGAAGUGAGAUAAAUGGUGACAUUUGGGAAAACUACCAUUGGAUGAUUGAAAAAUACUUUGAAACCUUUUAAAAAAGCAAUAUCUUCGAUCUGAGUUUGUAUGUACAGCUGAUGCAUUUGUACUUCUGGAAGCUAUUUGUUUUCUGUUUUAAGCUCAGUUCUACAUUCAACCCGGAAGACAUUUGCUGAAGUCUAGUUUCAUUUUUAUGAGAUCUGAUUCAUUCCCUUCUGAUCGCUGAAUGAACGUUUCGGGAACGUUCCUGCUUCAUAACUGCAGCUAAUGAAUAAUUAUGGCGAUUAUUAAGUUGGCCUUUCAGUGCUGCUGGAGGACAAUGGAAAAUGACAAUGAGUUCCACUAAUGCUGCCUGAUGCUCAGAUCAUAUUGAUCUUUCCCCUCGUCUCUUGCUUGGGCUUGUAGCAUUAGAGUGAAGUGUACUUGUAAGUGGUAGAAGGUCCUCUACUUGUGUGAACUUGCGGCGCACCUGCUUGCUGGUUCCAAUGCGUUAGUGAGAGGUGUUGCGAGCCCUUUGACUUGUCAUGAUGCAUGAUUGUAAAUGUUCUGCUGACCUGUUUGUAUGAGGACAAUCCCUCUGUUUAUGUUCUGUUUGUAAUAUAUUAUAGGCACAUGCUUUGCUGAAUAAAAUUAGAGAUAACACUGAA